AUGGCGUUCGGAUCAGUUUUAGGGCAUAAUCAGCACAAUAUAGGUCGAUCAGAACCAAAAGGUGUCGGCGACCCAUGUGCUGGUUGUAAUAAACCCAUCUUAGAUAAAUUUUUGUUAAAUGUACUAGAAAGAGGCUGGCAUGCCUCAUGUGUGAGAUGCUGUGAAUGUCUAACACCGUUAACAGAGAAAUGCUUUAGUCGAGAGGCGAAACUUUAUUGUAGAAAUGACUUUUUUAGACGUUAUGGAACAAAGUGUAGUGGAUGUGGGAAUGGAAUAGCGCCAUCAGAUUUAGUGAGAAAACCCCGAGAUAAAGUGUUUCAUUUAAAUUGCUUUACAUGCUGUAUAUGUAGGAAACAAUUAAGUACUGGUGAACAAUUAUAUGUAUUGGACGAUAAUAAAUUUGUGUGUAAAGAUAAUAAAAACUGUAAGGAUUUUAUGCUAAGUAAAGGAUAUCAAAUGGACCCGUUGUGUUCGGAUUAUGAAGAGGAGGAGGAUGAAGAAGAUAACAUAAAACCACCGCCUCUCAGUUUAGGACACUUAGUUUCCAAUGGACCAGAAUCCGUUGGACAUUUAGGUGCCUCAGAAUUGUCUCUGCAAAGCAUGAGUACAGAUAGUAAAAAUAAUGAUGAUUCAGAUCAGGGUUCUUUAGAUGGCGAUCCUGAUGCCCGAGGUGAUUCACAAUCUGAGAAUAAAAGUCCUGAUGAUAGUGCGGGAUCUAAACGACGUGGUCCACGAACAACAAUCAAAGCCAAACAAUUAGAAAUAUUAAAAACAGCUUUUAGUCAAACGCCGAAACCAACGCGGCAUAUUCGAGAGCAAUUAGCAAAAGAAACUGGUUUACCAAUGAGAGUGAUACAGGUCUGGUUCCAAAAUAAAAGAUCGAAAGAACGUAGACUGAAACAGCUUACAAGUAUGGGACGUGGAGGACCUUUCUUUGGUGGAUCUCGAAAAAUGAGAGGAUUUCCAAUGAAUCUAUCGCCUGGUGGACUUGAUGAGUCAGGUUUUCCAUAUUUUGCUAGUGACAAAUUUGAUUUUGGCUACGGUGCUCCACCAUUUCAUCCACACGAUUCACCCUUUUUUGCUGGACAUCCACCUGGAAUGCCUUUCAAUACAGGAGGUCCAUUAGAUCAUCCUAACGCAAUGCCAAUGAUUAAUGAGUUUAAUGGUAUGGCAUCUGAAGCAUUUUUAAGUCAGCCAAAUGGUCCAAAUAUACCCACAAAUAAUCCAAAUCAGUCAGAAAGAUCUGGAUCGCCUGAAUUUAUGUCAUCAGGAAAUUUCUCUGAAUCAUCAAGUAUUAAUGAAGGAUUGGUUUGGUAA